AUGAAUAGUAAUCCGUCUAUACAAUCUAAUACAAUGAAACAUUCAUUAUGUAAUAAUUUCUAUUCAUCAUUUAUAACAAAUACAUCAGAUUUAACAACAACAACAAUGAUGAUGAUGUUAAAUCGAAAAAAUGGAACAAAUUCAGCAACAACAACAAUAACGACACCACUAACAACGACAACAGAAAUGACAACGACAAUAACAAACCAAAAAGACAACUUAUCAAUGAUAAUAGAACAUAAACCAAUAUUUAAUCAUUAUCAAACUACUACUAAUAUUUUAUCGAUUAAUAAUAAUAAUAAUAAUAUAAGGGAAAAUCAAUUGAAUCUUUAUAAAAAACAAUAUUCUCGUGAAUAUCAACGUUAUAAACGUGCAUCAUUACAAUAUCGUUAUGCGCAUGCAGCACGUGAACGUCAACGUGUAGCGGAAUUUAAUAAAAUUUUUAAAAAAUUAUAUAAUUUAUUACCAAUUCAUAAUUAUGUAUCAUCUAAUCGACGUUUAUCAAAAUUGCAAAUACUUAAAUUAUGCUCUUCAUAUAUUUAUUAUUUAACUUGUUUACUUCAAAAUAAUAAUAAUGAUAAUUUAUAA